UCGAUGCACGAUGCUUUAAUGUAGACAUCGACGGUCCAGAAAGAGCGUGCAGCGUAUAUGUAUGUCCACAACGAAACGUCACACCGUAUCAAUCUGCUUGACGCUACGAGAUCUACUGUUGAAAUAGUAGUAGUACAUUUGUAUAUUCUUUUGCUGACCGAAAUCGGUGCUUGAUAAUGUACAAACAUAUUGGCGUUGUCCUCAUAGUCGCCUGCAGUUGUAAUAUAUUCGUUGCGGAAGGGAAACAUGUUAUAGGAAGCGUCCAAAUACCAAAUGUAGAUGACAGUACAUGGCACAAUACAGAUUUAGAAGUAGAUCAACUCAACAAUGACGCCAUCUAUGUCGCAACGAAGAGUACUUCAGGCGGUCGACGACGCGAAUCCGACUACCCUGGCACGAUAUUGUGCAACGAGAAAGACUCUAUUCUAUGUGACGAUGGUCUACAUAUAGAAAGUGAAUGCUGCGAGUAUGCUAACUGCGACGAGAAACAUACCCCCAAGUGUGACACCGAAAUGUGUUGCUACGAUGGGCGCGGAAUCAACAUCGACGUGGAUGUGUUGAAUGUGGCUGAACAAAACCAAGUGACAGGUAUUGCAAAUGCCAACAUCACCUCUACGAAAACGCGCCUUUGCAAAAAUACCAACCUGUUCACAUGUCCCGCCUAUCACGACAAGAUGUGCUGCGACAAUGCGACGUGUGAGGAUGAGGAAGUGGAGCAGUGCAGCAAGGAGUUGUGCUGUGACUACCCAGGCACGAUAGCGUGCAAAGAUAUGCAGGUGGUGGUGACCUGCAACAACUUCAGGGACAGAGAGUGCUGUGAAGAGGCUGACUGCUCACUCGAGCCCACGUAUGUGUGCUCGGAUCUUGUGUGCUGCACAGACCCCAGGCCUGUUAAGUGCGAAAAGGUCGUCGAAUGCGACAGGUACAGAUACGACGAGUACUGUUGCGAUGAAGGCCCCCCAUGCGACGAUUCAUAUACGCUGGCGUGUACCACAGACACAUGCUGUGACACGAGAGUAUACGAGGGUACUAUUGAUUGCGCCGAGUACCCCUACUUCGCCUGCAAGACCUACUACCCCGGCGCACAGUGCUGCCCGAGCGUCGACUGCGAUGAGGCAGGCACGGCCGACUGCGAUGCCAGCACGUGCUGUGAGACUGAGCAUGAGAUCACCGAGUUCGAUGAAUACCACUUCGCCCCUAUAAUCACCAACUACUACAACCCAGCCGACGGGUCACGGCCAGGCUACACGCGGUACUUCUGUGUGCAAACAGACUACGAGCACUGGUUUCUGAUGCAAACCACGCCCAACAGUCGGCUAUGCGCCGCAAACGAACAGCAGGACACAUGCCUGACCUUCGCUACCAAGCAGGACUGCCGCAACCUCAUCUACUACCCCGACAACCCCAUCAGGACUGACAAUGCGCUGUACGACUAUCGUGUGCCUGCGGCGGGGGCUGUGUGCAUGCACCAGUCGACGGUACCGUACGUGGACACUUAUUUACAGCUCACGUACAACCCAGAGACUAGGAGGAGCAGUUGUGUGGUGAGUCUGGGACUGUGUGUACAGUACAUAGGCGGAGAGAAAUGUGCGGAUGAUCUUAUACUGAUUAGCAACACCACACAGCAGUUAGAGUGCACUGACGAGCAGAUGUUAAUGGUCGAUCACUGGUGCUACCAGGCGAGUACAUUUUUAUCAUAUUAUUUAUAAAUUAACGUAACAGU